ACUUGGUCUUAGUUUGUAUUCUUCACGAGAAGGUUAAAAAUAGCCUUAUUCCAAGGGCGUUGCAACAAGUUCUAUUUAAUAACCUCCUUGCCUUUAAAUUCUAAGUGCCAUUAUCCUGAAAUAUUUCAGACUGUCACCAAGACAGAACUGUCUAUUUGAGCCCUGAUUUUUUAAAAUGAUACUUGUUGAAUACAUGUAUAGGGUGGGGGAGAAGGAAGGAGGCGGCCAGAGGUGACAAACCAGGACAGCGAGGCCUAUAAUAACACUCGGAGUGGGCUGGGGAUUGACCUUCUAAAUGUAAUUAUCCUACUUCUAGAAGUUACUAACAGAAACAGGUCAAACUGGAAAGAUUGUACGCACUUUGGUCAAGCGUUCAAGCCCAAGCUAUCCUAAUUAAUUUACAGUUGGCACCUUAGCCUAUUUGUUAUUUAACAAGCAAUGUUAAGUAUGACAACUGCAGAGGACAUCCUUAGUAGCUUGCAGGAGAGUCCAGGCAAAUGGCUGGUGACCCUUGGCGUGGCUGUGCCGGCCUUCUAUUGCCUCUACUCCAGGCUCAAGACUAGAUCCCCCCACAAGUCUUCAAGAACAGUCCCUCCAGGUACAGUUAUUUUGCACCAGUUUCCCAGAGGACCAUUUGCUCCUUCUGUGUCACCAUUUCCCGUCAAGUUGGAGACAUACUUAAGACUCGCAAAAAUACCCUAUGUGACAGAAACGGACCUCAAUGUGUCCAGUAAAGGAAAAAUGCCCUGGAUGGAGUUUAACGGCGAGGCAGUGGCUGACUCUCACCAGUGUAUCUCUCACCUGAACCGGAAACUGGGAAUUGACCUCAACAAAGGCCUUGACCCUGCCCAGAGAGCGGUAGCGAGGACCAUACAAAUGAUGUGUGAAGACCACUUGUAUUGGUGUGUAGCGAUCUUCCGCUGGGUCCUGGACAGAGAGAAGAAAGUCAUCAGAAAAGCGUUUUCCCAAGUGAACUCGCUCAUCUUGUGGCUCAUUUCCCGGAAAGUCAGGGAAGCGUCUUUGGCCCAAGGCAUGGGCCGGCACAGCAAGGAAGAAAUCAAAGAAUUCCUGGUGGGGGAUCUUCAGGCUCUGGCGGAUUAUCUGGGUGAUAAAAAGUUUAUGAUGAGUGACGAGGUCACAGAAGUGGACUGCUGUGUCUUCAGUUUUGUCUGUCAGUUUGUCUACCAGCAGAAAGACGAGGAUCUUCAAGGGCUGGUGGAAGAGCGAUUUCCGUCGCUGUACAAGUACUGCGAGAGAGUGAAAGAGUUGGUGUGGCCAGAUUGGGACGACAUCUGUGCUGGGAGGGAAACACGCCUUAGUGGAAACUGAGUCCGCAACUCGCUGCCUUAGAUUUACAAAGAUCUAUCUGACACAUUAUUUGGCCGUUUUGAGUGACUAAGAGAACGAGGUCAGAACCUAAAUUGUUCUACAUGUAUCUGCUCUUUCGAAAUUGUACUCUUCUUCGCCGUCUUUAUUAAGAUAUUCAAAGAACUGCAUUCGGAAAGGCUCGACAUGUUGUGAAACUCAAAAUUUAUGACGUUAAGUUUCUCGCUAUGUACUGAGCAGAUAAAACUUGGUAACUCUGGAGUAACUGUUUUUAUCUUUGUUACAAACUUCACCAUCCAACUUAUUGUUGUUUGAGGCUCGAAUCCGAUUGAUUGAUUAAUUGAUUGAUUGGUUGAUCAAUUGAUAGAUCAAUUGAUUGAUUACUUGAUUAGUGCGUUGAUCGGGCGAUCGAUUGAGGGAUUGAUUGGUUGAUUGAUUGAUUG